AUGGAUGCUAUUAAGGAGGUGCCUAUUGUUGGCAAUGAGGGAGAUAAUGCUAUUGCUGCUGCUGGCAUUGAUCUCAAGCUUGAGGACUUUGUGGUUGACAUGGAGAUCAACGGAAGUGAAGCUGAACAUGACUCUGAUGCCGAAAAUGAGGAUGAGGAUGGCUCUGAUGAGGGUGUCUCCAAUGAGACCGAGGAAAUCGUUGUCACGCUCCAGACUCAACUCACGGAGCAGCAUAUUCUCAUUAGGGAGCAGCAGUGCCGCAUCCAGAACUUGGAGGCUGAUUCUAUUAAGCUUCAUGCCUUGAUUGAGAGGCUGAGCAAGGAGGUGCAGUUGAUCCCUAAGGAAAACGACACCUCCAGCUUCAUUCAAGACCUGCAGACCACUCUCCAGUUCGUGCAGGAUCAGCUCAAGAAGCAAGAGAAACACAUCUCUGUGCUUCAUCUCAGUACCGGGAGAUCCGGCGUGGAAACCUCUAUCAGCCUGCUCCUGCAGCAGAGCGAGUCGCCAACAUCGCUAACAGACAUGCUGCACCUGCUUCACCUCCUACUAUCUCCCCGCAUCCCCCAAGCUCUCCCCGCGUCUCCCCCGCAUCUCCCCCGCAUCUCCCCCGCAUCUCCCCCGCAUCUCCCCCGCACUCCCCUCAUCUUCCACGCUCUCCCGUCAUCUUCAGCGCUCUCCCCUCACCUUCCCUUCUCGUUCCUCGUCUCACUCGCUCCCCCAUCCCCCACUCCCCCCUCCCCUCCCUCUCCCCUCAUUUCCCUGCGUGCUCCGCUUAUCUCGUCUCGUUUCCUUGCUCCCCCAACCCUCAGCUCCACACCACUCUCCCCCUCCCCCACUCUUCUCCCACCUCCCUCUCACCCCUCAUCUCCCUUCCCUCCCCUCCCACCGUCCCCUCACUCACCCAUCAUCUUCCUCCUCUCCAGUCCCACCCUCCCCCCUUCACUGCUAAGCUUUUUCACUCCCCUCCCCAAUCCUCACGUCCUAAUCAUCCCCAAUCCCCCCCGCCCUCCCUUCACCUUUCCGCCGCUCACCCCUCAUCAACCCCACCUAUAA